GAUAUAGUUAAACUCUGACAAUUUUCUAGUGUCCAUAUCUUCCUGUUAGACACUUGCUUAACCUUGAGUGAGUAACAUAUUAAUCCAUUCUUACACUACCACUUUAUCUUCAAAAAGCUCGUCCUUCAACUUCUUAUUACUCUGCCUUCGCUCUUUGAUAUUUAUCGUAGCUAUCACUCUGCUCUUAAACUCCACGCCAUGUUAUAUUUGGGUUAUUUGAUUGUGCUCUAUAGCAUAUUUAUACAACUACUUUACCACCGUAAGCUGCCUGUUUGGGUUAUGCGCUUGUGGUUUUCGAUUAACGUUGUAUUGCAAGUCAUUAUAUCCUGCGUGGUGUGUCAAAUCAUCACAUUUCUUUCAAAGAUUCUCAACCUGUAUAGUUUGAGAAAUUUACAUAGAUUAUCCAUUCGAGCAUGUUCCAUAAUCUUCAAAUAUGUUCUACCCUUUCAAUUUUCGCACAUCCAUAUAGAAUACAUGAGCGGUUCUCUCCGUUGGAGCGAUAUCAAAAAUCAGCACUGCAUGUGUAUAACACAUGCAAGUUUUUUUGAUGUGAUUCUAUUCCUUUUUUUAGCCCCAACUAACUAUAUCACAAAUGCAAGGACGUUCAACAAGGCUUCCCUUUGGAAACUCCCACUCUUUGGCUAUGUUAUUAAAGCUUGUGGCCACUUUCCGGUGUACUUUACUGAAGAAAACAGUUCGUCCUUUAAAGUGGAUAAGGAAAAGCAGGUUGAAGUAGCUGCCCGUGUUGAGGAGUUCCUGAACGAGGAUGGCUCUUUAGCCUUCUUCCCUGAGGGGGCCCUCAAUCGAACACCAGAGGUGCUUAAAGAGCUUCGAUUAGGGAGCUUUAAUACCAUUAUUGCUCAUAAGUUACCUAUCUACUACAUAAUUACAUAUGGGAAUCAUGAAGUGUGGCCACCAGACCUGAAGGGUGCACCAGGAUACCCUGCUGACAUUUAUGUAUACUUGGGUAAAUUUGAGUACGAUGCGGACGCGGUGGAUGCACGCUUCUUGUCGACCGCACUCAGGGAUGAUAUGCAAAAACAUUUAGAUGAUAUGAUAGCUUUACGCAAAAAGCGAAACUAUGAACCGUGGAACAGGGUUUCCUCUUAGACAAACUGGCACUACUUCCAGUCACUUUCAUAUUUUGGAUUCUGUAGAUGAAUUAUCGUAGGAAAGCAGCCCAUAUUAUAUUUAUUAUCUGUGUUUAUUCCCUUUUACGGACUCUAGGGUUUUAAGAAGUAUAUAUUUUUUAGUACUUAAAAAAAAUAUUAUUUCACAGAUGAGGCUACCAUCAUUUAUGUUGCUCACUUCAUCAUUUUAAUGUUUUUUUUCCAAUUUAUAGAGUACUGUGAUAAUUAAAAUAAUCAUUAAGAUAGUUAAAGAGAGCA